GACGAAGAAACAACCGUGGCAAGUGCGAAGCAUAAGAAGUCUCUCUCUCGUCCUUUUUUUUAAUCCACAAAAACCGGUGAAGUUUUCGUAGUUUCUACUACUCGCUUAUUGAUUAACAGAAGUUGCGAAAAUGAUGGGACCACAGAAAAAAGUCGCCGGAAAUCCAGACGAUGUGCCGAUACUGAUGCCUGGUGGAAAUUAUAUCAAAGUUGGAAAGGACUCGGCUCAAAGCAUCUACUUGAUUUUUUCACCACAUUCUGAAGAAGUCGGAAUCCUGGCUAGAUAUUUGAAAAUAUUUGAAAACCAUCGUGUUAAUUUGUUCCACAUCGAAUCCAGAGCUUCCACGAGGAUGCCAAAUAAGUAUGAGUUCGUGGUGGAAUGUUGUCCUGAUGGAGAUAUCGAAGCAGCGAUAAGCGAUAUUAAGGAUCUGAGCGAUUACUUCAACAUUAUCACCAGAAAUUAUAAGGACAACAAGGAGUCGGUGCCGUGGUUCCCGAAUCGCAUCCGAGACUUGGAUCGCUUCGCAAACCAGAUUUUAUCUUACGGCGCAGAGCUUGAUUGCGAUCAUCCAGGAUUCACCGAUCCCGUUUACAGAGCGAGGAGGAAGUAUUUCGCUGAUAUUGCAUAUAAUUACAAGCACGGACAACCGUUGCCUCACGUCGAUUACACCAAGGAGGAGAUCGAUACUUGGGGACAAGUCUUCAGGCAACUCACCAAGCUGUACCCGACUCACGCCUGCAAGGAGCACAACCACGUUUUCCCACUUUUGGUUCAAAACUGCGGAUACAGGGAGGACAACAUCCCGCAACUCGAGGACAUAUCCAACUUUCUGAAGGACUGCACCGGUUUCACUUUACGCCCAGUGGCAGGACUCCUUUCGUCUCGCGAUUUCCUCGCCGGUUUAGCCUUCAGGGUGUUCCAUUCCACGCAAUACAUCAGACACUCCAGCAGACCACUCUACACCCCGGAACCGGACGUCUGUCACGAAGUUCUCGGACACGUGCCACUCUUCGCCGAUCCAUCUUUUGCCCAGUUCUCCCAAGAAAUCGGUUUAGCCUCUUUGGGAGCCCCAGAUGAUUACAUCGAGAAAUUGGCAACGUGCUUCUGGUUCACGGUGGAGUACGGUCUGUGCCGCGAAAACGGACAACUGAAAGCCUUCGGCGCCGGGCUUUUGUCCUCCUACGGAGAAUUGAAGUACGCACUCGAAGACAAAGCCGAAGUUCGUCCAUUCGAACCGGCAAAAACGGCCCUCCAAAAGUAUCCCAUCACUGAGUACCAACCAGUCUAUUACGUUGCUGAAAGCUUCGAAGACGCCAAAGAUAAAAUGAUCAAAUACGCAUCAACGAUUCCAAGAGGGUUUGGAGUCCGCUACAGCGCUUACACCCAAAGCAUAGAUGUUCUGGACUCGAAGCCACAGAUCGAAGGUCUUAUCACCAACAUUAACCAGGAGAUGCAGAUCUUGAUGGAUGCUCUGAAGAAAUUGUAGAUACAAGUUGCAUUGCUACAAUAUAUUAAAAACACGUAGAUAUUAAGAUUUCUUUUAAUGUAAAAUGAUUUGUUUUUUAAUAGUGCAUAUUUACCGAUAAUUAUUAUUAUAUAUUAUAAUAUACAUGAUAAUUAUAUGCUUAAGUUCGUGUUAGGCGCAAUUAAUAUUUUG